AUGGUUGCAACAACAGCAAGUACCACAACAACAACGAAUACUACUGGUAGACACCUUCUCACAUCAUCCUCUUCAUCUUCCACUGAUCACAAUGAAAUGAUUAAUAAUUCUAAUAAUUAUUCGAAUCCUACCCACAACAAGUACUCUCCUAAACCUUUCAUUGUCUCCAAGGAACGAUUUAGAAGUGUGAGUUCGGCAACAAUCAGUCCUCAUCUCCCUCCAACAUCUUUACUUUCCAAUAAUUCUUCAUCUUCAUCAAGCCAACUUUCGAAUACGACUACUCAACAAGACCCAAAUCACCAGCACACCUCAACAACAACACCAACAAUCCGAGAUUUAAACCUUCCCACAGUUCGUAAAUCGAGAAGGAAAAAACCCAUCCACUCACAAGAUGGUGAAAAUCCACUCUCCGAAGAAGAAUAUCGAAGACUCAUGAUGUUGAAGAGGAAAUCGAGGUUUAUCUACUCUUCUUCAAUGACUGUAAAUUCCCGCCAAAAAGAAAAUUACGAUAAUGAAGAUGAUGAUGAAGGAAGCUUUUAUGAUGAAGAGGAGGUGAAUUCUUCUUCUGGGGUGAUGAUGAAAAAUGUUAUGGGAGAUAAUGAUUUUUCAAAGCUAUUUGAUAAUUUGGAGGGACAAGAUUUGGAGACGCAAUUUAAUAACUUUCUGAAUGCCUUGCAAGACAUUCCUCGUGUAUUGAUGGAACAUUUCCAAAAGGAGGAAUUUGAGUGGAAGCAACAGGUAAGGCAACUCAAUGCCUCCCGAGAAGCUACAACGCUACACCACCUUCCAGACAAGUACUGCCAGAUGUCUACUUUCACCCUCAAUAAUAACGGCUCGUCUACUGAAUCGGAUCUUUUCGAAUCACAUCAUGAUGGUCUCAACAACAAGAAACUAAAAAACAAUAAUAACACUACUUCUGUAUCUUCAACAUUGGAAGAGCAGAGAAGAGGUCAACAACAACAAUAUUCGAGUAAUCAUUACAAUUUCAACAAUAACACCUACGCUAAUACUUUUGCAUCAUCUUCCUUUAGCGGUGCAGAAAGCAAUCAUUUACUGAUCGGUAAUAAUAACGAGAAUACUUUUAACUAUUCGAAACCUUUCUACACAACACAUUCCAUGAUGAAUGAAAGCGAGUAUCUGCAGGCAACUUCCUCUGCAACUGACUAUUCCUAUCCAAUGUUUCACACUGAUGAUGAAUCCUCUCUCAUGUUCGAUGACGAUAAUCAUCAAGCAACAACAGACUCAUCACCUUUUGAAAAACUCAUACUCGACGAUGAUGAAUUACUUGACUAUGGUGAUUGUGAUACAUAUGGAGAUCUUGAUGAAUUUAAUAAUAACGAUAAGACUCCAACAAUGGAAGAUUACAUGGACGAAUCAUCCUUCUUUAUUGAACAAACACCUCCUCCACAGAGACCAAUUUACCUCUCCUUACAGCCAGUAUCACCACUCAUGUCUGCAACAAGCUCUGAAUUGACCAAGCCAAGAAAAUCCUCUACAAGUGGUGGAAUUAAUUCACCUUCAUCAUCAAGAACGACAAAUAAUUUGAACAACAAUACACUUCUGGUGGCAUCAGAUGAAUUGGAUGUUUUUACUGGGGAUUCACCAUCUCUGAACACAGCAACCAUUUCGAAUGAGAAUACUUGUGUUACAGGUAGUCCAAUAGAUACAUCGAGAAAAUCCAAGGUGAGACACGGAUCCGUGCCUUCAGAGGAAUUCAACAAGUUUCUUCAAAUUUCAUCUCCACAACAACAACAACUUUUUCAGGGGGCUUGUUCUCCUGCCAGAGCUUUAUCACCAACCACUUCUUCUAUUGCUUGUUCUCCUGGCAAGGUAUCUUCUCAUCAUUCUAGGAAAAUGUCUAAUCAUGGAAUUGGUCAUAUGAGGAGUAAUUCUGGAAUUAAAAAACAACCACGAGCCAACAGUUAUACAGUUUCAUCAAUUCUAGGAGAUCCACAACUCAAGCCAUUAUUUUUCGACUUUCUAAAUGAACAUCACAAUUCGGAGCUAGUUCUCUUCUUACAGGAAGAAGAAGAAUUCAGAUCAGAGUGCCAGAACUGCAUUGCUUCAAAUAUUGGAAAGUUAAUGAUAGAGUAUGAAAUCAAAAUGGAAAGGAUUAAACAAAUUUUCGAGACAUAUAUUAAACCAGGAUCAAAUAGCGAGCUUAAUUUAUCAAACGAAACCAGACUCAAAGUCGAGAAUAGAGUCAGUGCUUUAUUGAUUCCACCAGUGAUAUCGAGACAUAAGGGUGUUGGCGAUUUACAUCUUUCGAGGUGGAUUUCUCCAGAUACUUUCGAGGCAGCCACAACAGAGGUCAAGAUUAGCUUGAAAAAUCACAUUCUUCCACUUUUCCUUGAGAGUUCACGAUUUGAAAAUUAUCUUGUGCAGAAACACAUUCAAGAUAAUACAGUUUCUAAUUUGAGAGGAAAGAAAAUCCAAAGAAUGCUGGGUUAUUACAUACCAGAGAGUGCUAAGGAUUAUUCAUUCUAUGUUAAUGGAACAACUGUUGGACUUGGCAAGCAACAGCAGCAACAACAACAAAUGCAACAACCACAGCAUUCACAACAUCAUCACUAUUCUACUAUCAAUGACCCAACAGCCAAGAAGAGUAGACCUAAGAAAUCGUUGGCUGCCCUCUUUGGAAAUAACCAUGCGCCAUCCCAAAAUCAUAAUAAUCCAACAAUGGAGCAACCAGUACUUAAUGACACAUCUCCAAAGAGUCCAUUCAAGAAUGAACAACACAAGAAUCAAUCAUUGAGCAAAUUCAAAAAUUGGAUUUUAGGAAAGAGACAUCCUGCAGAAAGCCCAAAUCCAUCUUCUUCAUGGUCAACUCUCUCCAAAAAGUCUCAACUCACUGUUAAUAAUGCUUCUAACUCUUCCCCACAACUUGUUGGAACCUCUAGUCAUAUUAAGAUUUCACCUCGAGAAAUGGAAUCAGAUCCAAAUAAGAAGGUUGCCAAUGCAUUCUUACCUCUAACAAUGUCAUCUGGUCAAUCCAACAACACAAAUACUCCAGAAAUCAACUCGCUCAUCAAUGAUGGUAUUAUUUUCAUCAAGGUUCAUACAAAAAAGAGAGGAAACUGCAAAAUUCUUGAAAUUAAUAUCGACAAAAUGUCCCUGUUAUCAGACCAAGACAAGAAACUUGCCAAUCAACUCAAAAAUGUCUUACUAACCCACAUUGAUGCAGAUAUUAAUCCUUUCGACAAGUAUCCUCACCUGAGAGAAUUUCUUCAAACAAAAAUCUCUGUUCAAUCCCAAAAGAAUUGGGAAGAAAUCAAUGAAGAUUGCAUCAUCAAGGUCAAAAGUCCAGCAACUAGUAACUUUUUCAAACUAUAAAUUUUUUAUCAAUUUAUAAU